AUGGAGGGUGACACAUUUUCAGGGCUUGGCAAUGGUACCCAAAUUGAUGGCAAGGUUUUGCAGACAUUUCAGAAGAGCUUUGUUCAAGUCCAGAAUAUCUUGGACCAGAACAGGCUGCUCAUAAAUGAGAUAAAUCACAACCAUGAGUCUAAGAUCCCUGACAACCUCAGCAGAAAUGUGGGUCUGAUCAGAGAGCUCAACAAUAAUAUCAGGAGGGUGGUUGACCUGUAUGCUGAUCUUUCAAGUUCCUUCACCAAAUCCAUGGAUACUUCUUCUGAGGGAGACUCCAGUGGUGCUUUGAAAUCUGAUGCAAAAGCUGGGCACAAGCGGAUUAGGCCUGCAUAG